UCGAUUUGGAAGCGAGUUUGUUUUGAUAUCGAACAGUCAUUGUGUCGACCAAGGAAGACACGAAACUUAAUACCGAAUUCGCAGUCUUCUGAAAAUGGCUAAACUCCAGUCUUUGAGUGCAUUUGUUAAUGAACGUUUAACAGUGGCUGCUGUGGAGAUUUUUGACGUUGUAGAGAAAGUGGUAGCCAAGUACCAGGAGGAAAUUUCCCGAUCUAAAGAGGAGAAUGACCGGCUACGGAGACUUCUGCGGAUCACAACAGAGAUAAAAGAGGAAGAAACCCCUGAGCAGCAGCACUGUGAGCAGGAGUGGAGCCCCAGUUUGAGUCAGGAGAAACCAGCGCUCACACAGAUUAAAGAAGAACAGGAGGAAAUCUGGACCAGUCAGGAGGUAGGACAGCUUCAAGGCCUGGAGACGGACACCAUAGAGUUCAUAUUCACUCCUCCUUGUGUGAAAAGUGAAUGUGAUCUUCCCCAGACCGUGGAGGACAGGGGUAGUGACUUUAAACUGUUGGAUCACGACCCUUUUGGCACUGUGGCUCACAUAAAGGGUCUUGACAGUUCGUGUAACCCUCUAGAUAAUGAAGGUAAUACCUCCAGCCACAGCUCGGCCAUAAGCAGCGACCCAUUAGGACUUGACAGCAGCCCACCAUUGAGGAAACAUACAAAAAGCAGCACCGCGUCUAAAAAACCUCAUUGCUGCCUUGACUGUGGCAAAUGCUUCACUCAGGUUGGCCGACUGAAGAUGCACUCGAGGAUUCAUUCAGAGGCGAAACCAUUUAGCUGUGGAGACUGUGGGAACCGAUUUCAGCUGAAGGGAGAACUAACCAAACAUAUAGUGAUUCACACGGGAGAGAAACCAUUUAACUGUGGUGACUGUGGAAAAAGUUUCAAUCGCAAGCUUACUCUUAACAGGCAUAUACUGCUUGUCCACAAAGAAGCAACACAGUGCGAAAAUGGAAAGACGAAAGGGGAGAAACCAUUUUGUUGUGGUGACUGCGGGAAAAGUUUCACUCGCAGGCAGACCCUGAACAGACACAAAAUGAUUCACACAGGAGAAAAACCAUUUCAUUGUGGGUACUGUGGGAAAGGCUUCAAUCGCAAGGAGACCCUCAUUGAUCAUAUCCAGAAUCAUACAGGAGAAAAACCAUUUAGCUGUGGUGACUGUGGGAAAAGCUUCAACAGGAAGAGGAACCUAACUUCUCAUUUACUGACUCACACGGAAGAGAAACCAUUUACCUGUGGUGACUGUGGGAAAAGCUUCAAGCAAAAGAGUGACUUAACCAAACAUAUAAUGAUUCACAUGGAAGAGAAACCAUUUAAAUGUGGAGAAUGUGGAAAAAGCUUCAAUUACAAGGUUAACCUCAACAGGCAUAUGCUGUUCAUCCACAAAGAAAGAAAACAGGAAGAUGGUGGAAAGAAGAAAGACAAUUAAAACACCAAGAGCUUCUGUCAGGAGAUGAGAAUAAGAAGCAGGAUAUGGACAAGACUGUUAAGAAAGCAAAGCAGCUCUGGGUCAUUCAUCUUGUGGGUUUCAAAUACAUUGAUAUGUGAUUCCAUUUCAUUUUGUAAAAUGUUCUAUGUAAAUCAUGUCUGCUUUUAUUUGAAUAAUGAUGAAACAGUACAGUACAGGCUGUUCAAAGUAUGGUGUGGAUGUUUUCACGUUGUUAGAAACAGGAGUUUCCCGGUCUCUUAAGGUGAUUGAGAGAAUGGUGAGACUGAUGUUAUUGAUAUGUUCAACAUUUUGUAAAACCUUUUUUUUUUAAACAACUAAUGAACUAAUAAAGCAUUUUAUUAUGAACAUGUAUAAUAGUGCUCCAAUAAAACAAAAAUGUUCACUCCCUGUGGGUCCCCCAGGAAUUACAUUAGGACCACUGUUCUAUUAUGUUCUCGAGUCUAGAUUUAAAGGCUCAAUGUAGCCGUUUUGAUCUCAAUAUCAAAUCAUUUCUGCGCAACAAUUAAGUACCUUACUCUUGUUGUUUUCAUUUAAAAUGGUCAAAGAUGAACUAAAAUAGCUUAGCAAAGACCAAUUUCUCAGGCAAGAAUUUUUGCUAAGACUGUGUGGGGGUGAUCUGAGUGGGGAGGGGAAAACUGAAAACAAACUGUUAGCAGAAAGGUUUAGAAAUAUAUUUCUUAUUGGUCUAUUAACUAGUGAUGUCACCAGGCAGGCCAAGACUUCAUCCCACCAACACAGGCUGAAAUUUCAGCCAAUGUUUUCAAACAGCUUUUACACUAAAUGGGCAAUAUCACUAUUUUUAUUUAUUAUUCCAACCUCAUAGUGUGGCGAUAUAUACAACACAGGCAAAUCACAGUUUUGACCGCACUAGGCCUUUAAUAACAAUGAUGGAAACUCGAGACCUCAGAGUCUAGAGAUGGAAUCUGCAAGCAAUCCACGGUAUCUCUAUUCACUUGGAAUAACCACAAAACAUAUCACUGUUAAUUUGUCGCCUCAUGGUGCUGUGGAGUAGCAUUAUCUCUGCAGCUGAGGGUUGUAUGGAGUAUGAUUAAAUUAUCCCCAGA